AGUUUUUUGUACCCAACACUAGCUCCUACAUCUUCACAUUAUUUCAACAGCUUCAUCUUUUUUAAUUCCCAAAACAAUGGAAAUGGCUGGAAAAAUUGCAUGUUUUAUUGUAUUGUGCAUCGUGGUAGUUGCACCCCAUGCAGAAGCCCUAACCUGUGGCCAAGUUACAUCCAGUUUGGCUCCUUGUAUUCCUUACCUUAGAAACGCUGGACCAAUGGGAGGUUGUUGUGGUGGCGUUAAGAAUUUGGCGAACGCCGCAAGGACCACACCUGAUCGUCAAACUGCAUGCAAUUGCCUGAAAUCAGCAGCGGGUGCUAUUUCUGGAAUCAAUUACAGCAAAGCUGCUGGUCUUCCUGGCGUUUGUGGUGUCAAUAUUCCUUACAAGAUCAGCCCUUCCACUGACUGCUCCACGGUCCGUUAAGACUGAUGAAUAGUCAAAUUUACACCGCACAAUUUGGUAGAAAUGCAAUAAUGAGGAGAAGAAUAAGAUGUGGUUGUGUUUGAUCCUACUUAUGGAUCAAUUUGUAUUUUGUUUCCAUUGUUGUCUCUUUUUUCCUUUCUUUUUGUAUGUCCCUUUGGAGUUAUAGUCGAGUCUAGUCCAUUACUAUUGUGUCAUAAAUUGGCGGUUGUAUUAUGGAUCCAUAAAUCUAUUUUAGUUGAAUUUCAUCGUUA